AUGUACGUUCAUUUCAAGUUAAUCCGCCUUAGACAUCAAAUCUGCAUCAAUCACGCAACGUCGCAAAUCAACAUGCAGCACUCGUACCGGGUUCUUCACAAUUGGAUAUGGGAACUCCUGUCGGUUGCUCUUGCCGCAGGGCUUCUAAUCGCUAUUGCCGCUUUACUAGCAUUGCACGAUGGGAAGCCAGCACCCGACUGGGGUGCUCACAUAAACCUAAACGCCCUGCUCGCUUUUCUCUCCACGAUCCUCCGGGCUAUGCUUGUCGUUGUCGUCUCUCAAGUUAUAUCUCAGCGGAAGUGGGACUGGUACAGCAGAGAGCGUGCCCGCCCUCUGUCCGACUUCCAACAAUUCGACUCCGGUAGCCGCGGGAGUCUCGGUGCCCUGCUACUGAUACCAACUAUUUUGUGGAAAGACCUAGUGGCUCUCAUCGCCGCAGUCGUUUUACUGGCCUCAUUUCUUGUUGGCCCGUUUGUUCAGCAAGCCAGCCGUACGAUGGAGUGCUCGUUUCCCGAACCGGGUCUGAACGCGUCACUUCCUUCUGCUCAUUUUGUUCCACGUCGAGGCUAUUUCACCCCUGACGGCAGCUCCAACUUUGGCAAACCUGAACUAGGCCAUAUGAUGGUAGUCAUAUCUGCUACGACAGAAGCGGAUAGUGUCCAGAACAAGAUGAGCGCCAGCUGCUCAACUGGAAACUGUACAUUUCCGGGGGGGGAUCCAGCGGAUGUCCAAGACCAAGACCUCAUCGACAGCAAGCUCACGACACAUUCCACCGUCGGCAUGUGUAGUGAAUGUGUAGACGUCUCACCCCUCGUCUCAACCAACGAAGACGGCUAUAAAACUUUACCGAACGGCUUUAAUCUCUCAAGCUAUGAGGGUGAUGCUGGGUCGACAAUGUCUCUCAUAAAACCAACCUCCGACCUUGCUUGGAUGGGAGACUUCCUGACCCCGCAACAUAGAACCUUAUCUCGGUGGGCUUAUAUCAAUGUUACCUACCUCACAACCAAUAUCAGUUCGACAGCAGCAGUUUGUAGUUUAUAUCCAUGCCUACGGACGUACACUGCUUCUGUUACCAACGGUCAACUCUCGGAGAGACAAAUUCGGUCAGACUCCAUGCAGGCGGCACCUCUGUUCGAUACAGUGGGCAGCCUACCACCAAUUUCAAACAGCCUGACCAACCAAGAUCUCAUUUAUACUACGGUCAAGUCCCCAUGUCGGGUGGAUGGACACGUAUACGACAUAUUGAACAUGUCUUCCCAUCCUGAUACGACUGAUUUAGUUCUUUACGACUUCACUGACAAUGGCGGACCUUCACCCUACCGGUACACUUUCAAGAACAUUAGUGCCCCAGAACAUUGCAUCUAUCGUCAACAUCCGACAUUUGUAAUAGCAAUCUCCACAAUACUCAAUUCUGAGAUAUUUGAUGGAUAUUGCCAAUGGUACAAGGGCACUACAUGCCGCAAAAUCCUGGGAAGUGGAAAGCUUGAAAACCUGGGGGCAGAAGCGGUAUUACAGGCGUUCCAAAAACCAGAAGAAUUUCAAUUCUCCGACAUCACUCGCUGGUUCACAUCGUUUGCAGACGCCAUGACCAACAGAUAUCGUUUCGAUUACGGAACCACAAACGACGAUUGGCGAAGUUACAACAUUAAAGACAAAGAUAUGCGCAAGGGAGAGAUUCGAGGCCUGGCAUGGCAGACAACAGUUUGUGUUUCCAUGCGAAGGGAAUGGCUGCUAUUACCUCUCUGCCUCACGCUGGUCGUAGCUGUUUUGUGUUUCUGGACGAUUGCUACAGAUUGGCGGUACCGUCACAGCAGGCCUGUCUGGAAGGAGAGUAUUCUACCGCUAAUCUUCUACGGCUAUAAGAUCAGAUCUCAAGGCUCCGGGCUUUUGCAACGCCAACCUCCCGAAGAUAGCCUGGGUGAAGACCAUGCGGGUUUUAUGGAGCGAGAGAGUAGCCUACUGGAAGCAAGUGAGUUGAAGACUAUCAGUAGUCAGAUUCUAGUCAGAUUCCCAUUGCCAGAUAGUAUAGAGAUGUUAGAGGCGCGGCAGCCACGGGGUAAUUAG